AUGGAUCUGAAACUCGUUUUAACCUUUCUUUGCAUUGCCUUGCUUCUUUCAUCAAAAACAUUUGGUGACCAUUUUACCAAUCAAAGCGAUAUAGAUACUUAUAUAGUACUUCUUGAGUUUCGUGAUGAUCUAGUUUUCUCUGAUUCAAAAGAUUUAUAUCGCUGGCAUCAGUCAUUUUUGCCUACAACUUCAACAAAUUCUGAGCACUCGUCGCGCAUUAUACAUUCCUAUCGUCAUGUGUUUAACGGAUUUGCUGCUGUGUUGUCAUCAGAUGAAGUGAAGAUGAUAGAAAAGAAACCAGGAUUUGUAUCUGCGCGUCGCCAAAAUGUACUGCAGUUGCAUACCACACACAGUCCAGAUUUUCUUGGCUUGCACCAGAAUGUUGGCUUGUGGAAUGUCUCUAAUUCUGGUAAAGGUGUGAUUAUUGGUGUAAUAGAUACUGGAAUAACUCCACAACAUCCUUCGUUCAAUGACAACGGAAUGCCUCCUCCCCCUUCCAAAUGGAAAGGCAAAUGUGAGUUCAAUCUCACAGUCUGUAACAACAAGCUUAUUGGAGCUCGAAAUUUUGCCCAAAAUGCUACGUCACCUGUGGACGACGAUGGACACGGGACACACACUUCAAGCACAGCCGCGGGAAACUUUGUGGAGGGUGCCAAUUUGCUUGUUAAUGCUAAAGGCACUGCUGCUGGCAUUGCGCCCCGUGCUCAUGUGGCCAUGUACAGAGUUUGUGCUUCAAAAUGUCAAGAAUCCGAUAUCUUAGCUGGUCUUGAUGCUGCCAUUGAAGAUGGUGUGGAUGUGAUCUCGAUUUCCCUUGGAUCAUUAGCUUCUAUGUCUUUAUAUGAUGAUGUUGUAGCAAUUGGUUCGUAUAGUGCGAUUGAGAAGGGGAUUUUUGUAAGUGCCUCGGCAGGAAAUACAGGACCGGUUAAUGGUUCUGUAACGAAUGGAGCCCCCUGGUUGCUAACUGUUGGUGCUAGCACAACAGAUAGAAAGAUAAGCGCGGUAGCAGUUUUGGGUAAUGGAGCAGAAUAUGGGGGAGAAUCAGUCUAUCAACCAUCAAAUUUUUCACAAAAGCUACUGCCACUUGUUAAUCCUGAAUAUUGUGAAUUUUUGUCCACAAUUGAUGUCAAGGGUAAAAUAGUGUUGUGUGAGAGAAGCAACACCGGUUACUCGGCAGUUCAAUACGGACAAAAUGUGAAAGAUGCAGGUGGUGCUGCCAUGAUUCUCAUGAACAACGAAUGGCGUGGCUAUACAACAAUUGCAGAUGUUCAUGUCCUUCCUGCAACACAUGUUAGUUAUGCUGAUGGAGAAAAGAUCUUAAAUUAUAUGAAAUCAACAACAGCCCCAGUUGCAACAAUAUCAUUCAAAGGAACAAGAAUUGGAGAUAAGCACGCGCCAGCAGUUGCUGACUUCUCUUCUAGGGGACCAUUUAGCUUUGGCAUACUAAAGCCUGAUAUUAUUGGCCCUGGAGUAAAUAUCCUUGCAGCGUGGCGAACCUCUGUAGGGGAGAUAACAUCUGCUACAUCGAUAUUUAACAUUCUCUCUGGCACGUCGAUGGCUUGUCCUCACCUUGCCGGAGUAGCAGCAUUGUUAAAGAGUACACAUCCCGAUUGGUCUCCAGCUGCAAUUAAAUCUGCAAUCAUGACCACCGCUGAUUUCGUCAACCUUGGAAAUGAUCCGAUUCAGGAUGAAAGAUUUAAACCUGCUAAUCUACUUGCAACCGGAUCUGGGCACGUGAACCCAUCAAGAGCAAAUGAUCCAGGACUCAUUUAUGACAUUCAGCCCGAAGAUUAUGUGCCCUACUUAUGUGGCUUGAAUUAUACAGAUCAACAAGUUAGCGUUAUUGUGAAAAGGAAGGUACAUUGUACGUCGAGCAUACCUGAAUCGGAGUUGAACUAUCCUUCAUUUUCUAUUCCUUUGAAAUCAGGGGAUCAAACAUAUACAAGGACUGUGACUAAUGUUGGUGAAGCUAAUUCAACUUACACAGUUAAAGUAUUUGGACUUGAUGGUGUUGAGGUGACUGUUAAUCCAACCACCUUGAAGUUUUCAGCCUUAAACCAGAAGGCGUCGUAUAAUGUAACAGUUAAGCCUUCACCUCUUAUAGCAGAUUCCCAGGGAUACAUAACAUGGUCUUCUGAUAGGUACUCUGUUAGAAGUCCAAUAGGAAUAUUCCCGCAUAUAGUUUAGAGAUGCAAUUGUAUUGUAAGAGAUGGUUUCUCCAUUAUUUCCUAGAUAAAUUCUUGUAUGCUCUUAUGUAA